AGUUUUAGGUUGGAGCUAGGUCCCCAGGGCCGUUGGGGCACAGCAGUUUCUGGUUUUUCCUACAUGACCUGAAUGCAGCAUCAGAUGAUGAGAGUGGGUCAUCAGCUGCAGACAGUCAGGUGUGGUCGGCGGGGAGAUAUUCCGACCGAAGCAGUGAUCCAGCGAACUUAAACAGGACAUAAACAACGUCAAACGCGGAUGUGUAAAAAUGACCCAGUGACAGAGCACACCUCAACAACCAAACACCUUUUUAACCUGGGCUGAAGAAUGAAGCAAGAGCCCUCCUCCUGUAAUGAUACAGGGAACAGUUGACUUUUCCCCUGUCCACAAGAGGAACUGAAGUGAAAUUAAGGAAUCGGCUCAAAUAAACCGCAGCGGAUGUAACCACUACUGAACUGCAGUGGAAAAAAAGAGAACAUCUCAGGUUCUUGCAUCUUAAAAAAAAAAGAUGGAGUUAAUAAAUGAGUGGUUGAAAGGGUUUAGGGCAAUAGGUAGAUUCAUUAUCAGUUGUUAAGUCACCUGUCCAUUCGGCUGUUAGAGCAACGACCACAAUAUGCCAAAUUGCUGUAAUCAUUGAGCCUUAAAUGUGUGGCUUUCCGUGCUUAAAUAAAUAGAUCUCUGUGAAGACGUUGCAUUCAACGUUAAACUUCAUCCAAAGGAGAAAGUAGGUAGUGUCCACACGUCACUGACAGAACUGUGAAUGCAAAAAAUCAGUGCAUAAAAAUAAACGAUGAGUUGUCACAAGUUGGAAAUCCCCUGCUGGAGUGUCGGUGGGUGUGACUGGAACUAAGGUGGAACCACGUGGCUGCUCUCAGCCGUCAAGCAUGAAUCAUAAAUACAGAGCUCUUCAGAAACGGUCUGUCUUCUUCUGGCUGCUGUGGUUUCACUGUGAAUCCAAACUGUAUGAUGUGAACUUCUAAACAGAAACUCAAACAAUAAACCAAAACACAAAAGGUGCAGAAAUUCGACUGGAAUGUCCUCUUAUUGGCUCAGGAAUGCCUGUGAUUUUUGGACAAACUCACGUGCUGCUUUGAGCUGGUAGCAUUGGGAGGUGAAAAAAAUCCAAAACACUGGGGAGAUCAGGAAUAUCACCUCCUCCUAUGAAAGAGAUUUUACUUGGGAAUACAGUAAGAGGCCUUCCAAAUGGCAGGAAAGGACUACAAUCAUCUCUUCAAACUGCUCAUCAUUGGAGACUCCAGUGUUGGAAAAAGCAGUCUUCUCCUCCGUUUUGCAGACAACUCCUUUUCUGGCAGCUACAUCACCACCAUCGGUGUCGACUUUAAGAUCCGAACAGUGGACAUUGAUGGAGAGCGGGUUAAGCUGCAAAUCUGGGACACAGCGGGGCAGGAGAGAUUCAGAACCAUCACAUCAACGUACUACAGAAACACCCACGGGGUCAUUAUUGUUUACGACGUGACAAAUCCCGAGUCGUUUGUAAAUGUUAAGAGGUGGUUAAAUGAAAUCUCCCAGAACUGUGACAACGUCUGCAAGAUUCUAGUGGGAAACAAAAAUGACGACCCUGCCAGGAAACAGGUGGAUACCCAGGAUGCUGUGCGUUUCGGGGAGUCAAUGGGGGUUCGGGUAUUCGAAACCAGUGCCAAAGAGAACAUAAACGUAGAAGAGAUGUUCAUGGCCUUCACUCACAUGGUGCUCUGGGCCAAGAAGCAGAGCCAGAACAGAGCCGAGAGGGAACGGGAGCGGGAGAAGGACACCGUCAACAUCAACGCCCACAGAGACCGAGACCGCAGGAAGAGAGGAAAGAAAUGCUGUUGAGCCCCAAACAGACUUCACAGCCACAUAGCGCUCUUCGCUUACACAAGAAGCAUUCAAACAAGAUUGGGAAAACGUGCCUUAGUAGGAAAGUGUUCUGUGUUUAAGCUGCAGAUGUGAAUGUUUGAAACUGUUGCAGGCAGUUCUGCCUAACUGCUGUCGUGAAUGGAACUGAGGCAGAGGGAUUUACAGUCUGUCAGCACUGACUGCAUGUAGCAGCUGGGAGGUUACCAGAGUUAAAGGAUCAUUCUGGUGUUUUUGAAUGUUUAGCCCAUUUACUGCGAAUCACAUUUAAAGCAUUCUGUAAUGUUUUUUUUGUUUUGUUUUGUUUUGUUGCUCUGCUGGCAGUAGGGACUGAUGAUGGAGAGGUUGGUCGGUGAGUCAUCUCUGCUACUAACUGCCCAGAAUACUUUAAGAAGUUGAAAAUGCUUCCCAUAAAUCUAUAAUAUUUUCAGUAUUCAUUGGCCUUUUCAUUAGUGCCGAUCAUGAAUCGAAUUUCUAUUGAAACAAAAAAAUUAUGGGACAGGUGCCAUGACAUUAAGAACAUAUUCACAAACAUUUCUAAUUUUAAUUCACAAUCUUUUAGCUGAACUAGCUACUGUGGUUCCAAGAUUAACUAAAUUAUUAGUUUGUUACAGGACUGCAACUGUUGAUUCUUCUUUGAUCUAUUAACCAGGUGAUUACAAUCCAUCACAAAACAUGAUAAAAGGGAAGCGUCUGCACUACAUUUCAACAAAGGAGUAACAUAACUAAAGGAGUCAGAGCAAUCAUGAUGUAAAGUAACUCAAUUCUUUUUGUCUCUGCCAGUAUUUUAGUAUUGUAGUGAUGUAAACAACUGCUGCCUGUACAGUUGAUUAAAAACACAAUCUGUUUUGAGAUGUAGAAUUGUAUGUGAUUGUGGUGAGUGAGCUAAAACAUGCGGACCCUCUGGUGCGGUCCUUUAACUUUGCACUAAUGAACCACUGUUAAGUGCUAAUGUUUUAGUUUUGUUUUUUUCAUAAUACAGUAAACCUAACUUACCACUGAGAGGGAACUGGUUGCAGUUGUUACUAAAUUGUAACCUUGACACACUAACGGGUGUGAUGGUGUGUACUCCGCCUGUUUGAGGCCAGUAAUAAUCCAAGACUACAGUAUGGGUGUAACCUCAACAAAUUACAAGCCCAAAAUGUUUAAUUCAUUGUGGUUUUUUUAAAUAUAAAUCUGUUGCUUAGCAAAUGUGUCCAAGUCUAAAUAAAGCAAUACAUCCAGA